AAAAAGUAUUAAUUAAUUUGCAAUUUAUUAUUUUAAAGUCUUAUUGUUUUAAUAUUUUUCUUAAACAGUUAUUUAUUGGUGGUUGUUCAACGAUUAGUGCAAAUUGUAAUUCUUAUAACAUUCUUUAAUAAUAAUUUUUUAAUUUUCUUUUUUUUUUAAUAAAAAUAAAUUUUUAGAGCAAAAAUGCAUGUUGCUCUACUUUGUCACGUCACUUUACGCAAGUAAGAAUACAAAAGACCUGAUGAUAAUAUAUAGUACGCAAUUUGAGUUAGUGGAAAAAAAACAAAAAAGAGAAGAAAGGGAAAUCAAGACAGAGACAGAAGGAGGGGAAAAAGGAGAGCGAUGGAGUGGGGACUACGUACGGAUGGUACGUAGUCAGAGCCGUUUUAAGGGGUGAAAGAGUGGGUAGUAGAUAGGUGGUAGAUCGCUAGUUAGCCAAGAGACAUUGACAUGCUAUCCUGCCGGCAUGGCAGUGUCUUCAAGAGUCGUGCAUCCAAUAGUUGCGUUGAAGUUUAAUUGCUCAAAGUUUAAACCAAUAAUAUUUUCUAAAACAACUUAAGAGAUUAUAAAAUCUGAAUCUUAUUAGUUUCUUUUCAUUUCUUUGAUUAAAUAAUUCUUUAAAAGUAACUUAAUAAUUUAAUUCAUAAACGACAGUUUGAAAAACAACUGAAAUAGUGAAGUGUAAUAAUUCCAACAAUGCAAGACACGAGAUUAUGUCCACGAUCAAAUUAAAGCUGUGUUUAAAAAAUUAUGUGAGAAGUUUACGAAAUUGAUAAGGCAGUGACAAGUAUAAACUGAAAACGCUGAUUGUGUGACAUAAAGAGUUCUUUUAUUAAGUGUUAUUAUGCGAUCGUCACAAAGUGGUAUAAUUCACCGUUCAAUUUUAAAGAAACUGUAGUAGAGAAUUAUAUUUGAGGUAAAAACAAAAAUAAUUUGACAAUCAAAGAAAAUCAAAAUCGUAACUCUAAGAAUAUAAAGAUUCUUAGUACUGCCAGCUAAAGAUCAUAUAAGAAGAUGCAGCGUCGCAAAUUGUGAAUGGGAAUAUUCGACGACAGAUUUUCCGCAGAAACCUCUAACAGGGAUUGACGGGUCUUCCAAGCCAUAAAGCAUCAAUGGCGAACGACGGAUCGCAGUGAAGCUACGCGCCGUUACCCGGACGACCGGAGAGGGCUGGACCAGCGCUAGCGCGUUUCCAUAGAGAGAGAAGACGAGGGUUGCGAAGGGGAGAAGUGGGUGGGCGUAGUGCUGUGUAUUCGGGGGAUAGGCCAUCGUCGAGAAUUUCGCAGAGAUGGAGUUUCUGCAGAAUCAUCACACGGUUAACACCUCCGAGCCGUCGUAUACUUUGGGCACAGGUUCUGUGGAUAGCAUCGAAGCAACUAUCUCAUCUAGCUUUUGUUCUGGAUCAUUAGGAGUGUUUUCGGGUGACGACGGUCUAUCAACCGAUAAUCAGAGUGAGGUAGCCGUUCUCGGCGCUGCUUUGCAAAGCACUCUGCGCUUACAGGAUCUGCAGUGUUCAUCAACUGAUGUUAGCGCUGAUCAAGGUCAGCAACUUCCAACUUCUGGCCAGGCCGUGAGCGAGUUCGGCGGCAGCUUUUGGAUUGACGACAUGGCAGGCUUUCCUUUACCUCCGUUGGACCUAGAUCCUUUGCCCCCAGGAUUGUUCAGUCCGUGCUCAGGAACGUACAACUGGACUUGCUCACGUGGUGAAUGCGUGCCAAGGACGAACAAUGGUACAAAUGGUGAAGGUGUUGCCGAUGUUCUUUUAUCUCUGAAACAUGCGGUAGUGCACCCCGGAAGUCCGACGACUGGCUACUAUGCUACUGGCGCGGGUUCUGCUGCGACUCAUCAUUACUCACAGGAUUAUGUACAGAAUCUAGGUCCAUCUGUCCCAGGCCCGGGUCACUAUGGUUCUACAUCCGCUGCCAUGUCCGUCAACGUGUCAAUGAACAUGACUAUGAAUAUGAAUAUGCAUUCCGGAUACGAACAAAGUUAUUCAUCAGCGUGGGGCGUAGAACCUCUUCUUAGCCCCGCCUCUCAGUAUGGCAAUCCGGUGGAGGUAGCAACGCAAACGACUGCGAGGGUAAAUCAAGGCACGCCGACCAAUAGUAGUCUAAUCAGUCAUCCCCAUUCCCACCCCCUGCCGCAUCACAGUGGCGGUCGAUUGCAACUCGGGAGUGAACAUACAAUCUGUGUAAACACUUCGAGUCCAGCUGCCGGUGGCAUCACUUCCGAAGAUAAUGGCAGACCGAAUUUAUGCAGAAUAUGCGGCAAAUCAUAUGCUAGACCUAGUACUCUCAAAACUCACCUGCGCACCCAUUCAGGAGAGAAGCCGUUUAGGUGUCAUGCGUGCUCGAAAGCAUUUAGUCAGGCAGCGAAUCUAACCGCACAUGCAAGGACACAUUCUGGUGAAAAACCUUUCCGGUGUCCGGUGUGUGACAGGAGAUUUUCGCAAAGCAGCUCAGUAACUACACAUAUGAGGACGCACUCGGGUGAACGACCUUAUAGGUGUCGAUUCUGCAAGAAAGCAUUCUCCGAUAGCUCGACGCUUACUAAGCAUUUGCGUAUACACUCUGGUGAGAAACCGUAUCAGUGUAAAUUAUGUCUGCUUAGAUUCAGUCAGAGCGGUAAUCUCAACAGGCACAUGAGAGUCCACGGCGGUUCCCUAACGUGACACAAUUCUUCUGCACUAACACAAUCUGCGAUAACGAUGAUCAACGACAGUAAUACUGCACAUUCAUUGCCCAAAUGCUGUCGAAUACCUGUGAUUCGAUUAGGAACAAACUCACCAGAAAAAUAAAAUGCAUAAGUAUACUAGCCGCAAGAUAUAAAAUUUAUUUAAUACUAGUUUAAUUAAUUUAUCAGAAUAACUAAUUUAAUAAAAAUUUCGAAAUAUUGUUAAUGUAAUUUAUUAAUUUAAUUGUAAAUACAUAAGAAAAAACAGCUUAAACCAAAUCUUUGUGAAUAAAUAUAUAAGUAAUUCUCUUAUAUUUCUAACACAAAAAAUAAAAUAAAAGCGAAUUAUAUAUUAUACAUUAUAAUGAAAAAUAACGGAAUAUAUUAUUUUGUAUUGUAAUAAAAUUAUAAUAGUAUUAUAAAAAUACAUAUAUAAAUAUAUAUUUAUUACAUAUGUAUAUAUAUAGAUAUAUGUAUAUAUAUAAAAUAUGGGAUGUCCCAAAACUAUCGGACCCAAAACUGUCCUUUCAAGAGCCGAUUUUUUGGAAUAUUCUAAGACAACCGUAAUACGGAAAUGUCAAGACUGUAAUAGUUUUUAAAUUAUUAACGAUUAAAGUUUAUUAACACAGAAAAAA